GUCGUAAUCAAACGGCCAUAUUUGAUUCGGUUACAGUCUUCUGACAGCUACUUUACGGAGAAAAUCGUCUUAAAAUUGACGACAGGACCAAUUAAAUCCCUCUGAGACGACCUCCAGCUGCUUCCACAGCCAACACACUUCACAACCAGCAGACAACAAUGAAUCCGGAAUAUGAUUACUUAUUCAAGCUGCUGCUGAUCGGUGACUCCGGCGUCGGAAAGUCCUGCCUCCUGCUUCGGUUCGCGGAUGACACGUACACAGAGAGCUACAUCAGCACCAUCGGGGUGGACUUUAAGAUCAGGACCAUCGAGCUGGACGGGAAGACCAUCAAGCUUCAGAUUUGGGACACAGCUGGGCAGGAGAGAUUCAGAACCAUCACAUCCAGUUACUACAGAGGAGCUCAUGGCAUCAUAGUGGUCUACGAUGUGACAGAUCAGGAGUCCUUCAAUAAUGUUAAACAGUGGCUCCAGGAGAUCGACCGCUACGCCAGUGAGAACGUCAACAAGCUUCUCGUAGGGAACAAAUGCGACCUGACCACAAAGAAGGUGGUGGACUACACUACAGCCAAGGAGUUUGCAGACAACCUUGGGAUCCCGUUCCUGGAGAGCAGCGCCAAGAGUGCCACCAACGUGGAGCAGGCCUUCAUGACUAUGGCAGCUGAGAUCAAGAAGAGGAUGGGCCCCGGGGCCACAGCCGGUGCCUCAGAGAAGUCCAAAGUCAACAUCCAGAGCAAGCCGGUCAACACUUCAUCUGGAGGCUGCUGCUGAGAACCAUGAGGUGCCGCGAUCCGACCCUCCCCACCCCUUCACUGACCCGCCCCCCAAGUCCGCCACCUGUCUUCAUGUCCCUUCCACCACGUCCUCCUCAGAAAGACAGUCAGGAGGACCCAACGGCGUCCCUGUGUCUCAGUCAGCAGUAAGGCGAUAACCUCCCCCCCCUAAUCACACCGCCGUCUCCCAUCGCACGGAAAGCGUUUAAAAAAAAAAGUGUCUCCGGUUUGUGCUGCUCUUCACCACCAGUAGUGCAGAGCAGCACGACUCUUCAGACGGAGCUCACGCUCAGACCGGCAGCGUGCACGCUGCACCGCGCUCCUUCAGCAGGCUCCGCCCCACACAGCCCACGUGCCUUCACGGCAGGAGAAGAAUCCACGCUGCUCCACAACAACAUUCCCGCCUGCCUGCGUGCACGCUGCCGGUUUAGUUUGCUCGCUGAGCGCCGCUCCUCCAGAGCUCCUAUAAACUGUAUAUAUUUAUACAUAAAUGUUUGCAGAGCAUGUAGAGCAGAGAAUGAAAGGAAGCGGAUAUCUGAGCACCUCAUAUGUGGCUGCGGACGUGACAUUUUUGUGGCACAGUGUCUAUUAAAGAAUGAAGGAGAUCUUUGAUAAGAGCUCGUUCCUGUGUGGUCUGUUCUUCUCUGAUUCCUCAGAUUUAUUCAUUAAUCUGAUCACCGUUGAUGCUCCAUUUCUGAAAUCUGCUCUUAAUCCAUA